AUAAAAAAUGGGUUUGGGACAGACAGACAGACUCCUGUCAAAAUGUCCAAAGAGCCUCUCCUUCUCUGGCUGGUGAUGGAGUUCGGGUGGUUUUAUCUGGUACCAGUCACAUCAGAAAUUACCGUGAGGUCGUUUUUGGGUCAGUCGGUGACUUUGCCCUGUUUAUACUCGUCCUGGUCUCAGAACAGCAACAGCAUGUGCUGGGGCAAAGGUCAGUGUCCCAAAUCCAAAUGCAGCCAGGAGCUUCUCCACACAGAUGGGACGAGAGUGAUCUCCAGUACAUCUACAAAAUAUAGGCUUCGUGGGAACAUCCAGAGAGGCGAUCUUUCAUUGACCAUCUCCAACACCAACGAAGGGGACAGCGGGGUGUACUGCUGUCGCAUCGAGGUGCCGGGCUGGUUCAAUGACGUGAAGAAGAACAUUCGCCUGGUGCUGAGUAGAGCCCCAACAACCACGAGGAGAACCACCACCUCUCACCCACCCUCCACCCCUCCCAUGAUGACGACCAAGGUGGGGCUUCCAACAACAGCCGAGGCGACCCCUGACCACACCACUGGAGCACCGCUUCAGACAACGGCCACCUCGGUCUUCACCACGGCCACCACGUGCCCCCUGACAACACUCACCUCCCUCCCAGAGGUGGCCACAACGAGUCUUCUGACCACUGCAUCUUCUACGGAUGGGCCUGUCCACACCACAGAAUCAGUACCUUUACAUGGAUCCAGCCUGACUUGGAGAAGCACCGAAGCAACUUCUGCAGACACUGCCUUGUCCACAGCCAAAGGGUCUGAAACUUCAGUUCUUCUGUCAUCUACAUCCCUGGUGACAUGGAAAGCAAGUGUCCCAAGGGAAACAGGUGGUCCAGUGACUUCUCCUCAACCAGCAUCCGAGAUGACAAAUCCCGUGCAAAGUAAAUCAAAAGAGAACCACAAGGUCAGCCUGGUGGUGAUCAUCGCCUCCUGCUUGGGAUUCGUGCUGUUGGCGUUGUUGGCGACGUUUCUCCUGCGAGGUAAAGUCAGGAAAACCAGUUGUUUGCAGAAACCCCAGAGACUAGACAACCUUGGAGAAAGCAAAGAUGCCCUCAGUGACGUGCCUCAUGGACAGGAGGAGGAAGAGGGGCUUUUUACACUCUAGCUUCUACUUUUCCUUAGGAUUGAGCAAGACCCUGAUGCUUGAAAUUUCCACUUAAGUCUUGUAAUGUUUUAAAUUUCAUUUGUUAAGAAAAGUUUUGU